AUGUUCUUUGGCGACCAGACGGUAGAAGCUGGUCACUUUCUACAGGGUCUACUCCGGCAGUCUCAGACCUCGCCAGCUCUGCAGCGGUUCUUUGGCGAAACGAUCAAUGCCCUGCGGCUAGAGAUCUCAAGCCUGCCAGAGGACGAGAGGCAGUCACUACCUGUCUUCCACUCAGCCUUGGACCUGGUUGAAUACCGUGGCGAGGCUGGCAACCGGGUUGUCUUGUCCACUCUUCUCUUGUGUCUGGCCCAAUUGGGCGACUAUAUCCGUCUUACUCCCACCACCACCACAGCCAGCCAUUCGGCGUCACCCCAGCGUCGUAUUAUCGGCUUCUGUACGGGCCUUUUGCCCGCAGCCGUCGCGGCAGUGGCCACCAACCUGUCAGAUCUAACCUCCAUCGCCACCCACAUCGCGCUCGUCUCAUUUCGACUCGGCCUCCAGGUUCGUAAUCGGUCCUCACUCAUCGAGGCGACCUCCUCUACCUCCUCUUCCAGCUCCAGCUCCUCGGACAGCUGGUCUGUCGCCAUCAGCAUUGGUGGGAGCUCGAAUCCAGCCGACCUGCGUACUGUUGUCGACCGUUUCCACAGGACACAGUCUGUCCCUGUGCACAAGCAUGUCUACAUCAGCUCCGAGACUCCCUCCAGCGUCACCGUCAGCGGGCCACCGUCUGUCCUAAGUGACUUCGUCUCGACCUGCACCUCAUCAGGCCUGCGGUGCUCCCGCCUGCCCAUCUUUGCUGCCUUCCAUGCACCUCAUCUGCCCAGUCCUAGCGCCGAGUCCAUCGUCGGCUCGUCGCCUGUCCUCUCCGCCUCUGUCCCGGCGGGCACGGCCCUUAUCGACCCCAGCUCAGGUUCGCCGUAUCCGGGCAAGACCCUUCAUGACCUGCUGCAAGAUGCCCUGAACCACAUCUUCCAGCAGGAGCUGUUCCCCGUCAGGGCUGUCGACGGGGCCCUGAACGGGCUGCAGCGGGCAGCAUCCUCAAGCCUCGCCGUCUGCAUCUUUGGUCCCUCCAAUGCCGAGAACUUCCUGCGCCAGUCCCUCAAGGCCGCUGGUCUGGACAAUGCCGCCAAGGUCCAGACACCCCAAGUGGGUCAGACCGCCGAUGCAUCCGAGGCCAUCGCCAUCGUCGGCAUGUCUGGGAGAUUUCCUGGCAGUAAGACCCUGUACGAGUUUUGGGACACUCUUGUGCCCAAGACUCGCUGGGAUGCCGACCUUCAUGUCGAUCCUACGGGCCAGAAACCAAACACAGCCCACUCUGCCUAUGGUUGUUUUCUCGACCAGCCUGGCGCUUUUGACAACCUCAUGUUCAAUAUGUCCCCGCGCGAGAGCAUGCAGACUGAUCCUGUGCAGCGCGUGCUUCUCAUGACCACGUACGAGGCCCUGGAAAUGGCUGGCUACCGCUACGAUGUCAAGCCCGACAGGAGCCGCAUCGGCACCUUUAUGGGCCUCGCCACAGAUGACUGGCGCGAGUACAACAUCAGCCAGGACGUCGACAUGUACUUUGUUACGGGCGGUCUGCGCUCCUUCGCUUCGGGACGACUCAACUACUUCUUCAAGUUUGAAGGCCCUUCCUACGUCGUCGAUACGGCCUGCUCUUCCAGCGGCGCGGCUAUGGAGCUAGCUUGUGCUUCCCUGGUCAGUGGCAAGUGUGACAUGGCUGUCGCUGGCGGUGGCAGUAUCAUGACGGGCCCUAACUUGUGGUCUGGUCUCAGCCGCGGCGGGUUCGUGUCCCCGACGGGCGGAUGCAAGACCUUUGACGAGACUGCCGACGGCUACUGUCGCGGUGAGGGUGUUGGAGUUGUUGUGCUGAAGCGGCUGGCCGAUGCCAUUGCUGAAGGCGACCAGAUACAGGGUGUCAUCCGGGGCAUUGCCACAAAUCACUCGGCAAAUGCGCCGUCCAUCACCCAGCCUCAUGCUCCCACGCAGGUCAACCUGUACAGGGAGGUCCUGCGCAAGGCCAGUCUCAGCCCCAACCAGGUUGGCUAUGUCGAGAUGCAUGGGACGGGAACCCAGGCAGGAGAUGUCACCGAAAUGACAUCGGUCGUCUCUACCUUUGGGUCUGGUAGGCAGCCUGAUAACCCUCUUUAUGUGGGAGGUGUCAAGGCGAACGUAGGACAUGGCGAGGGUGCCGCUGGUGUGACGGGACUCAUCAAAUCGCUCAUGAUGUUCCGCGAAAAUGCCAUUCCUCCACAUGCAGGCAUCAAGACACGCCUCAACCCAAAGCUACCGCCACUUGACAGCGCAAAUAUCCGCAUUGCUCGCCGCGUGGAACCUUUCCUCUCCACAGAAGAGCCACGUCGAGUCCUCAUCAGCAGCUUUGGUGCUACGGGUGGAAAUACUUGCCUGGUUGUCGAGGAACCUCCCAAGGCCAGACACAGUAGUGAGGAUCCUCGUUCCCAACACGUCGUGGUCGUAUCAGCAAAGGGACAAGCUUCGCUGCGAGGGAACAAGCAGAGGCUGCUCGACUUCCUCGCCGCACAUCCAAACGUGCCACUUAAGGACAUUGCCUACACCUCGACGGCCCGGAGGCCACACCAUGCCCUCCGUUCUUCUUUCUGUGUAUCGAGCGUCAAGGAGCUGAGACAAGUGCUCACUUCCCAGUUGGCCUCGACGACGCCAGAGCCAGCCAGCAGAGGCAACAGCAAGGCGCAGCCCUCUGUCGUCUUCGUCUUCCCAGGCCAGGGGUUCAACUUCUGCGGCCUGGCCAAGACGCUGUACUACACCUGCGCCCCUUUCCAACAGAGCCUCACCGAGUUCGACGACAUGUGCAAAUCCAUGGAUCUGCCGUCCUUCAUUGACCGCAUUCUGGAUGACCAGAUUAAGAACGUGAGCAACCUCGGCCCCGUCGAGGCGCACCUCGCCAUCGUCGCCAUCGAGAUUGCCCUUGCGCGCCUCCUCAAGUCUUGGGGUCUCGUCCCGAGCGCCGUCGUCGGCCACAGCCUGGGCGAAUAUGCAGCGCUGUGCACCGCGGGAGUCCUGACGGUGGCAGACACGCUCCUCCUGGUCGGCAGGCGGGCGCAGCUGGUCGAGGAGCUAUGCACCAGAGGCACCCAUGGCAUGCUCGUCAUCCAGGCGUCGGCAGACCGCUUCAAGAGCAUGAUCGAGGGUCGCGGCGCUGGCGCCUUUGAGAUCGCAUGCUACAACGGGCCCAACUCGAUUGUGGUAAACGGACGCAUGAAGAACCUCGAGAAAAUCCAGACCAUCCUGCAGGAGAACCAGAUGGCCAAGUCCUCGUAUGUCUCGGUCCCGUACUCGUUCCACUCGGCGCAGCUCGACACCAUCCUUGAGGAAUACCGGCAGGUCGCUGCGGGCGCGACCUUCUCUAGGCCUGUCGUCCCAGUCGCUUCGACACUGCUAGGCAGAAUGGUGGACAGCGAGGGAACCUUCUCAGCCUCGUACAUGGCAGACCAGACACGCAAGCCAGUACAAUUUGAGGCAGCCAUCAAGGCCAUGCAGGCUUCUGGUCUCGUCACAGACAAGACGCUAUUCGUCGAGACGGGCCCUGGCGCCAUGUGCCUUUCCAUGACGCAGGCUACUCUGGCCACGCCCUGCAAGCUACUGCCCUGCCUCAAGUCCGCCGACAGCAACUGGAAGACGCUGUCCAAGAUCGUGUCGGAGGCUUACAACAGCGGCAUCUCUGUCGACUGGGCGGAAUACCACAAGCAGUACAAGUCGGGUUUGGUAGCAGUGGAAUUGCCGUCGUACCACUUCAAUCUGAAGGACUUCUGGAUCCAGUAUAAAGGAGGCGAACAGGUGGCAACCCUGGCAGCGGCCAAGGCCCAUCUGCCAGCACCUUCGCUGCCAGGCCUCAAGGAGCGCCCUGAGGAGGUCGAAAUACCUCCUAUUAGCACUUGUCUGCACCGAGUACUGGCGGAAGACAUCUCGCCCAGCAGCCAGGGAGGCGCCACGGUCGAGUUCUCGACUAACCUCCAACAUCCCAAACUGCACAAGCUGAUCGACGGACACAGGGUCAUCGGUAUUGCCCUCGCUCCAAGUAGUUUGUACAAGGAGAUGGCCCUAGGAGCUGCCCAGUAUCUUUACGAGCGCUUGAAACCUGGGAACCCGGUGCUCACCAUGGACUUGCACGAUCUCGUCAUCUCAUCUCCCAUGUUCCUCAACCUAGAAUCCAAGGCACCGCAGCUCGUCAAGAUCAGCGCCACCAUCAAGCCAGGCACGACAACCGCAAAGGUCACGGUCAGCUCGGACAAGGAGCACUGCCGCUGCACAAUCGACCUGGAGACGGCGGACUGGACGCGUGACUGGUCCAGGAGGCGCUACCUCAUCGAGGACAGAGUGCGAGGGCUGAUGAGUCCUCCUCCUUCGCCUGACAAAUCUGUCGUCGUCCAUCACCUGCUCAAGGACAUGGUGUACAAGAUCUUCUUCCCAAUCACUGAGUACUCAAGCGAGUACCAGUCCAUCUCCGAGAUCUUCAUCGACAAGUCCUUCCGCGAGGCAGCUGUCCGCCUGGACCUGCGCCAGACGCCCGAGGAUUCUAGCUUCACGUUUGACCCCUGCUGGCUUGACAACAUUGCCCAGACAGCCGGGUUUGUUCUCAACUCGGACGUCUCGAACCCAGACGACAUGAUUUGUAUGUCCACCGGUUGCGACACCAUGCGCCUCAGCAAGAACUUUGCUGGCGGCAAGCAGUAUCUCUGCCAUGUGCGAGCUGAGGCUGUCGGCGGCGGCGAUAACUUGGUCUGCGAUGUGACUGUCUUUGACGAAGAAGGCGUCGUAGCCCUAGGCGAGGGGCUUCGGUUCAAGCGGAUCAAGAAGGUGCUUCUUCAGAGAAUGCUUGGGUUGUCCGCGGCCGGCCCACCUGUUGCUGCUGCUGCUGGUGGUCCAGUACGUGACGCCGUGACUCGGCCCAAAGCACCAGAGGUGGUUGUCAGACCUCCUGUGGCCAAGCAGGCGCCAGUAACUGCGCCCAAGCCAAAUGUCAAUAAUGAUCUGUCAGCAGUGCUUGCCCUAAUAAGCAAGGAGAUAGGAACUUCCCUCGACGAGAUGGGAGACAACAUGACGCUGGAAGAACUCGGCGUCGACUCCCUCCUCACAGUCUCGAUCACCACCAAGCUUAAGAGCGAGAAGAACCUCGAGCUUCCAGCGUCUCUGAUCUCGGGAAGCACAACAAUCUCCGAACUGCGCGACUAUUUUAGCGAGGACGGCGCAGCAUCCACAGGAGAUGAAUACGUAGUCGUCAAGGACAAAGACGAGACUGAAGAUGAGGACGAGGACGACGAUGACUUCAGCAGCACCGACAACGACCUGCCCAGUCACGGCUCACCCGACCUAUUGGCUCGAGGCACAACACCUUCCGGGUCCGGGUCCGGGUCUGUCCUGAUGGAGGCCAUCCUGGAUGCGAUUGCGAAAGAAACCGGCGUCACACCUGCAGAGAUCGGCGAGGAUACGCCCUUUGUGGAUCUGGGUAUUGACUCCCUCAUGAGCGUCGCCGUGAUCGGGGUAGUCAAGGACAAGACUGGAGAGGAGCUGCCGGCCAACCUCUUUUCUGACUGCGAGACGAUUGUCGAGAUUCGAAGGAUGCUCGGGGAGGAGGAAAAGGUGGCAAAUGCAGACCCUCCUCCCUCUCUUCCACCACCUUCAUUGAUGCCCGCUUUGCCUCCACCGCCACCAAUGAAGACUUUCAACCCAGAAGAAUACCAGAGCAAGGCAGUUCUUCUCCAGGGCCGUCCACGGUCAGAAGGGCCUAUCUUAUUCCUCGUCACGGACGGAGGAGGCUCGGCAGCAGUCUAUGUCCAACUGCCCGCUCUGGCUCCCGGCUUGACAGUCUAUGCUCUCGACUCGCCUUUCACCGGAGGAAGGGAAGGCGACUUCUUUUUGCCUGGCGUGACUAUCGAGGGCGUCGCCUCCAUCUAUGCCAGGGCGAUCCGGUCGGUUCAGCCCCACGGCCCUUACAUGGUCGGUGGCUACUCGAUCGGGGGUGUCUUUGCCUAUGAGACGGUACGGUACCUCAUCAAUACGGGUGACAAGGUUCACGGCUUUCUGGUCCUGGACGCCGCCUGUCCUCGCAGUCUCAAGGGCAUCAUCGAUGUCAAUGUCGAGGUCUGUCAGAUGAUGGGCCUGUUCGACAGCAUCUCUGAGGAGGACCAGAGAAAACCUCUCACCCAGCUGCAGAAGAUCCACGUUGCAGGCUGUGUCAGGACCGCUGGGAACUUUGAUCCCAUUCCCAUCCCGCCUGAGCUCCGCCCGGAACAUGUGUACUGUAUCUGGGCGCGGGUUGGGUUUGUCGAGCACCUGUCUGACAAGAUUAUCGAGGUGGGCCAUGCCAUCGCAGAGAGAGACGGACUCGACAAGGAACUCAAUCCGGAGUGGGUCGAGUGGCUCGAGGCAGAGAAGAGGUCGUAUGGUCCUCGCGGCUGGGACAAGUUGGUUGGGAACAAUAUCGAGACAUUUGUCAUCGACGGCGACCACUUUUCCAUUAUGAUGCGCCCACGCGUAGGUUAUCCUCCUCCUCCUUCUUUCGGCCUCGUGUGUGGCUAUCGUCAUGUUCUGACUUUUCGGUUUUCCCUGUUCUAG